AUGCUGCUGCCCUGGACAAAUGUCACAGUUACCACAGAUCAAUCCGCCAUCAUGAGAGGCAUCCAGGUGUCCAUGGGCAAUCCGCCACAGAUAGUAUCCCUCAGACCAAGUACCUCAGAUGACGUAUUGUAUGUGGUGAACAAAGCCCAGUGCGCACCUGAAUACAACUCAUCAUGCAUUGGCUCAUACGGAGGCGUCUUUGAUUAUGGAGCAUCCAACACAUUUCAACAGGUAGCCGAAGGACAGUGGAACGGGACGAACGACGGCAAUCCAUCUCAGUUGUCUUACGUUCACUUCAAUGAUGUUUUAGGGUUCGGUAACGCUACUCUUUAUGGAUUUCCCGCCAUCUACGAUGAGCCCGGCUAUGGUGGGCAGGGUGUCAUGCCUCUGGGAUCAGAAUCUGAUUUCCUCCGAGCCGCUGUUAAGGAUGGAAUGAUUCCUUCCACAGUCUGGGGUCUAUGGACAGGCAGUCGCUCCACCAGUAACCCUGUCGACGGAUCACUUGUGCUUGGAGGCUAUGACAAGACUCGAUACAAGGGAGAGUUUACCAAGUUCGACUCAGAACCCAAGUGCGAAUUUUGCGUUAUCGUUACCGAUUUGAUGUACGAAACUGAGGAUGCGUCAGUAUCAUUAUUCUCAAAUGCUUCCGAAACUCUCCAAGUUGCCCUCCAACCUUCAACUCGUGUUCUGUACGUGCCACAGAAUGUAUGGGAGAACUUCCGGGACGCGUCCGGUGGCAUCUACGAUGCGGGCUAUCUCAACUACUAUGGCACAAACCCACCCAAAGGCAACAUCUCCAUCACUCUUCAAAAUGGUUACAAGACGACAAUUCCUACCGAAGAACUGUUCUACUACCCCCGCGGCUACAAUGAUGAGGGCAAAUACGAUAUCAAGAACAACACUUAUCAGAUCGGCCUUUUGAUGAACCAAACCAACGACGGAUACGUCAUGGACUGGGGUAUCCCGUUCUUGACCAUGAACUACAUCAUCGCCGAUUACACUCGAUCCCAAUUCAAGAUGGCUGAAGCAAUUCGUACAAAUUUCGAGAACCAAGGCGGCGGCUACGCUCUCUCGGCCUCGUGCGAUCCUACCACGUCAUCCACUGCAUCAGCGACAGCCACCAACAUCCCAGCAGUGACUUCGUCGGUUUCACCAGCGACUGGAGAGAAAGCGGAUCACACCAAAGCCAUUAUCGGUGGCGUCGUGGGUGGCAUUCUGGGUCUGAUUGCGGUCGUCGGAGGCCUGGGAUUUCUCUUCUGGCGUCAUCGGAGAAGACAUCAAGCUGCUGUCCUGAACGGCAACAAUAACAAUCCCGCGUACGGUCAAGGAACCCCCCAAACACCUGCCAUGUCCUAUGCGAACACCGUCACGGGACGAUACUCACACUGGACGGCGAUGAGCCCCACCGAGAACGCAACUUCCGAAUUGGGUGAUACACAAAAAGCCGGGCCAAAUGUGUCUGUAAAUCAAUGGUUGUCAAGCCAAGAUAGCGACACCCAGACGGUGACUUCUGACCCAUUCUCUCCCAACAUGAAUCGCAACACCCAGUAUACUGCGUCGCCUGUGCCACCUGCGCCAAAUAUGGACCGUCCGUUUGAGAUGCCCGCACAACCCUGGGAUACAAAGUAA